CCCCUCUCUCUCUCUCUCUCUCUCUCUCUCUCGCUCUCUCUCUCUUCUCCCCGGUGGAAAACCCUAACCCUUACUCCACAUAUAUCAUCCCUACUCCUUUGGUCGACCAUGGCGUCGAUUGAGAGAUUCAAGCUCGGAUUCCGAUCUCUAGGGCGAGAACCGACCUCCGAUUCCAGCAACUUAAACUCUUCCGAUCAAGCUCAUAUCCUCGUCCCAAGAGCUCCUGAGCGGGUAAUAUCUUUGUGGACAUGUAGCAAGAUGUGCGCCCUUACUUUUGCAGUUGGUGUGGUAGUUGGUUUUACGCUAAAGAGGCGGUUGAGACAGUGGGCUGUGAAACUGCUCAAGCGAUUGAAGGAUGACUAGCCUGUCCUAUGGUAUGGUAAGCUUCAGUUCAAGAUCUCUUGUCUACGAAUUUUUUUAGGCAUAAUUCUUCGGGUACCUCAGAAUGUACUUCCAUAAGUGUGCGAUUGAUGAGUUACAUUUAAAAGAUGACAUUCGUGGUGGGCUUCAAGUUUGAAAAGCUGAAUUGCAAGAACUGAUUCAACAAUCGCACUUUGGGUAUCUUCCAAGGUACUCCAUAUCUUUAAUCGUUUUCACUCAUCAGCUUAUUUUGUUCUGAGUGCUUGGUAAUUCAUCAUAACUGAGUAUUUUAUAGUGAAUCCGGGACACCAUAUGCUUGGAAUUUUUGUUGAAUAUAGAACUCAUUUUGUUGUUU